AUGUCUGGGCUCACCGUCUACGAAGUCCGCUUCGGAGUCGGCAACUGUCUGCACUACGGCGUCUUCGUGCAAACGGGCAGCGACGGCGCCGGCAUGCUCAUGGACGUCCGGGGCUCCGUCAACGCCGGGGGCAAGCUCGUCUUCAAUUCCCGCAGCGAGAUGCUCGCGCGCUUCGACAUGAAGACCCCCAUGGGCGCCAUCGACGAGCACGACGUCUACACGCUGGAGAAUGUCUGCCGCGGCGUCGAUCCGCCCGACACGCAGUACGGCACCACCUCCUUGUCCGGAGGGUCCAGCCCUAUUUGCCGCUGCAGCGAGUGGAACGACAGGGUCUGGGGCGCCAUUUAUUCGUCUGGCAUCAUCAAGGGACAGUGCUUGGGUCUCGAGGGGUGA